AAAAGAUAAAUAAAACAAGACAAAUAUAAAAAGAAAAAUCGAAAAACGACAGAGAACUUCAAGUUGGAGUUAGCUAGCUAGCUUGCUUUAUGCACAGAAGAACAGUCGCCGGCUAAAGUCUCAACCUUUUUCCUCUCCGCCGUUCACAUUCACCUGCAUUUCUCCCUUCUUUCUUCUUCUCCGGCUAGAUUUCAUUGUCGCCUGAGUUUCUCGGCGAUGGGAGACGAGAAGCCGGCGAUUGUUAUGGCCAAUCGAGAAAGAGAUCGAGAGCUUCUGAUUCCCGUUGCUGAUUCCGGCGACAAAGACGAUGGUCCUUCUUCAAAGCCUUCUUCUUCUUCUUCCUCUUCUUCGCAUCAAUCCAGCCAAGAGACGUUUAGCUUGUUCAUUAGGGGUUGGGCGUCAAAGAAGUUCAUGACAGGCUGUGUUAUCCUACUUCCUAUUGCAAUUACUUUCUAUAUAACAUGGUGGUUUAUUCACUUUGUCGAUGGAUUCUUCUCUCCAAUAUAUGCACAACUUGGGAUCAACGUAUUUGGUUUCGGUUUUCUGACUUCCAUUGCAUUCAUCUUCUUGGUCGGGGUGUUCAUGUCCUCGUGGUUGGGUGCAUCGGUUCUGAACUUGGGAGAGUGGUUUAUCAAGCGGAUGCCCUUUGUUCGUCACAUCUACAACGCCUCCAAGCAAAUCAGCACGGCCAUAUCGCCUGAUCAAAAUACACAAGCUUUCAAGGAAGUUGCAAUCAUCAGGCACCCCCGUGUAGGUGAAUACGCAUUUGGCUUCAUUACAUCAACUGUUGUUCUCCAGAACUACCCAACCGAGGAGGAACUCUGCUGUGUAUAUGUUCCCACGAACCACCUGUACAUUGGAGAUAUACUACUUGUCAACAGUAAUGACGUUAUCAGGCCAAAUCUCUCUGUCCGGGAAGGAAUUGAGAUUGUUGUCUCGGGUGGAAUGUCAAUGCCACAGAUUCUAUCGACUCUUGAUAAACCUUUGGCCUCGAUUGAUAGAGCUACAAGCUUAUAGUUUCAAGUAGAAGAUUCUCUUUUUGUUGGGAUUUGUUGAUGAGUGUGUGUCUGUCUCUGGAGUCUCUUCAAUAUUGUUGUAAUAUUUCAUUUGUGUUCAGAAAAGUGUAUAAUGUAAGAUAGGUCUCUCUCUUCUUAGAUAUGAAUCUUUCUCCUGAAAAUAUUAUUUUUCUUGAAAAAGUAUUGAGAAAUUCCUUCCAUUUUUACAA